AUGGGGAUAGCGGAAAAUUUGCAGAUUAGGGUAGGUCAUAUGAUAUUUUUGGUCGAUUUUGUUGUUCUUGAAAUGGAGGCGGAUGUUAAUGUGCCUAUAAUUCUUGGUCGACUGAUUGAUGUUAUUGAAGAGGAAGGUGCUUUGGAAAAGGAGCUCAUGGAUUUCUUGGAUAUGGAAGAAGGUGAGGCAUUGCUAGCUUGCAGUGAAGAAGAACAAGAAUUGAUUGGUGAGAUGGUGCAAGAGAUCAUGGCAUUAAGUGUUGAUGAAAUGCCUCCGGAAGAUGAAACUUUUGAGGAGAUCCCCACUAGUGAUAGCACACGGGUGCUAACCUCAGUAGAAAAUCCUCCUACCGAUUUGGAACUCAAACCGCUUCCAGACCAUCUUGAGUAUAUAUAUUUGGAAGAAUUUUGCAAGCACACUAUAAACUUUCUUGAUAAUGUUAUUAAGUUACUUGACGCGGGAAUCAUAUUCCUAAUUUCGGAUAGUUCAUGGGACAUGAUUGAAACUUCGAUGGAAGUUUUCAUGGAUGACUUUUCUAUAUUUGGUAGUUCUUUUGAAAACUGUCUUGUGAGUCUUGAUAAAAUGCUUGAAAGAUGUGAAAUGGCACAUUUGGUCUUCAAUUGGGAAAAAUGUCACUUUAUGGUGAAAGAAGGGAUAGUUUUGGGACAUAAGGUUUCUAAAGCGGUUCUAGAGGUUGAUAAAGCGAAAAUUGAUGUAAUAACAAAAUUACCUCCACCCACAAAUGUCAAGUCAAUUAGAAGCUUUUUUGGUCAUGCCGGUUUUUAUCGUUGGUUUAUAAAAGAUUUUUUCAAAAUCACCCGGCCAAUGACCAAGUUGUUGGAGAAAGAUGUCCUGUUUGUUUUUGAUAAAGAGUGUCGACUUGCAUUCAACUUGCUUAAGGAAAAUUUGACCAAUGCACCUAUUAUGACUCAACCUAAUUGGACACUACCAUUUGAGUUGAUAUGUGAUGCUAGCAAUUUUGCCUUAGGGGCCGUUUUAGGCCAACGGAAAGAUAAACAUUUCCGCCUCAUUUCUUAUGCUAGCAAGACUUUGAAUCUGGCCCAACAAAAUUAUACCGUGACUGAAAAAGAGUUGUUGGUCGUAGUGUAUGCUUUUGAUAAAUUUCGUCCCUACUUGGUCCUUAACAAGACUAUUGUUUACACAGAUCAUUGUGCCUUAAGGUACUUGUUCUUGAAACAAGAUGCCAAGCCCCGUCUUAUCCGUUGGGUUGAAGUAGAGGAAGAGCAUUGUUUUGCCGAUAUUGCUAACUAUCUUAGUGUAUGUGAAGUUUUCGAUGUGUGGGGUAUAGAUUUCAUGGGAUCUUUUCUCCCAUCGAAUAAGAAUUUGUAUAUCCAUGUUGUUGUUGAUUAUGUUUCUAAGUGGGCCGAGGCUAAAGCCUUGCCAACGAAUGAUGCACAUGUUGUCAUUCACUUUUUGAAACAGCUUUUCUGUAGGUUUGGUGUGCCCAAGGCCUUAAUAAGUGACCGCGGAAGCCAUUUUGCGAAUCACGAACUCGCUAAGGUGCUUAAGAGGACCGCCUAUAAGACACCGAUUGGGACUACCCCAUUCCGGUUGUUGUAUGGCAAGACUUGUCAUCUUCCUAUUGAAAUUGAGCAUAAAGUCUUUUGGGCACUCAAGAAUUGUAAUAUGGAUCUAGUUAAGGCCGGUGAAUUGAGAUCGUUUCAAUUAAAUGAACUAGAUGAACUUAGGUUGAAUGCUUCUGAUAACUCUAGACUUUACAAGGAACGAACUAAAGUGUGGUAUGACCGUAGGCUUAGAAAGAAAGAUUUUAAAGAAGGUGAUAAAGUUUUGUUUUUCCUUUCCAAGUAUAAGUUCAAGCAACCCAAGUUGACAUCUAGGUGGACUGGCCCUUUUGUGAUCAAGCAUGUUUCCGUGAUCAUGGUUGUAACAUCCUGA